AUGGGCGGUCCUCAUGUUGUCGAUUGUGUGAAGGCUAAAAUAGAUGCUCUUAAAAAAGAACAAGACCGUUUAGAGCAGGAGUUAAUUACAAGGGCGGAUGAUAUACAGAUCGAAAUUCGUGCCAAAGAGGCAGCGGAGGCUGAGGUUGCUGCCAUGACCCGCCGUAUUCGACUUCUUGAGGAGGAUUUCGAACAGUCAAGUGGGCGACUAACUGACACCUCUUCCAAGCUAGAUGACGCCAGCAAAGCUGCUGAGGAAAGUGAAAGAAACCGCAAAACUUUGGAGACCAAGUCCAUUUCCGAUGAUGAGCGCAUCGCCCAGCUUGAAGACCAGACAAAGGAGGCCAAGAGCAUUGCGGAAGAUGCCGAGCGAAAAUAUGAUGAGGCUGCUCGUCGUCUUGCGAUCACUGAAGUGGACCUAGAACGCGCGGAAUCUCGUCUUGAGAGUUCCGAAGGGUACAACCCUGCAACCCUGCGCUCCUGCAUCCUUAAAAUCCGCAUCUAUUUUCUUUUCAUGCUUGCCGAACAGCGAGCUGCUGAGGCCGACCGCCAGGUCUCUAAGCUGCAGAACGAAGUUGAUCGGCUCGAGGGUUUGUCCACUCUUUCCUUAUUUUAG